UUCUUCCAGUACAGGAUUGGCCAGCUGUAUAUGAUCAGCAAGCACAGCCAUGAGCAGAGUGAGCGUGGAGAAGGAGUGGAGGUGGUGCAGAACGAACCCUACGAGGACCCCACACAUGGACAGGGACAGUUCACAGAAAAACGGGUCUACCUCAACAAUAAGCUCCCUAGCUGGGCCAGGGCUGUGGUCCCUAAAAUCUUCUAUGUGACAGAGAAGGCCUGGAACUACUACCCCUACACCAUCACAGAGUACACUUGCUCCUUUCUGCCAAAGUUCUCCAUUCACAUAGAGACCAAGUAUGAGGACAACAAAGGCAGCAAUGACAAUAUCUUUGACAGCGAGCCCAAAGGGGAGGAGGAGAUAGAGGUGUGCUUAGUGGAUAUCGCCUACGACGAGAUCCCAGAUCGCUACUACAAGGAGUCUGAGGACUUGCGGUACUUUAAAUCAGAGAAGACAGACCGGGGUGUUCUGCAGGAGGGCUGGAUCGACAACCAGGAACCCAUCAUGUGCUCCUACAAACUGGUGACAGUCAAGUUCGAGGUGUGUCUUCAGACACGGGUGGAGCAGUUUGUACACAAG